UGUCAGUGAAAUGCCCUUUGUUCUGGCUGGUAGUGUCUGCUGAUGGUUUGCCGUGGAGUUUCCUGUACAGCCUGCUCAUCCCCCUCCCUUGACCCCCGGACCUUCCUUACUAAUGACUGGCUGGAUUGUCCUUCCCAUCAGCCUGACUGCAUUCUCCAUCCCCGGGAUAUGGAUUGUGUACGCCAUGGCUGUGAUGAACCAUCAUGUUUGUCCUGUGGAAAAUUGGAUAUACAACGUGACGUGCUCCGAUGACACUGCCAAGCAGGGGACGCCGAAAUCUUGCUGCACUCUGGAGGAUGUCCCGCUCAUCAGUAAGUGUGGGACGUACCCGCCGGAGAGCUGCCUCUUCAGUCUGAUUGGAAAUGUCGGUGCUUUUAUGGUGGUGAUGAUCUGUUUGCUGAGAUACAGUCAGGUCAUCGAGCUCAGCCACAGCUCCUGGCUGAACACCGUGGCCCUGAUCUCCGGUUGCACCAACGCGGCAGGACUCGUCAUGGUGGGAAACUUCCAGGUGGAUUACGCCAAGUCUCUACAUUAUAUCGGAGCAGGAGUGGCAUUCCCAGCUGGUUUGCUGUUUGUAUGCCUACAUUGCAUCCUUACCUACCAUCUUGCCACUAGCACUCUGGACUAUUGGGUGGGACACCUGCGAGUAAGCCUGACCAUUGUGGCCUUAGCAUCCCUUGUCCUCAGUGGGGUCUUUUUCAUCCACGAAAGCUCCCUCCUUCAGCACUUGGCUGCAAUCUGCGAGUGGAUCUUCGUGUUGGACAUCUUGGUCUUCUACGGAACCUUUUGUUACGAGUUUGGCUCGGUCUCCAGCGACACCAUCAUGGCCGCUCUGCAGAGCUCCUCGGCUCGCAGUUGCAAAUCUCCAGGAAGCAGCAGCACCUCCACCCACCUCAACUGUAAUCCCGAGAGGAUUGCCAUGAUAUGACGAGGGCAGGGCUCGCUGCUCCCCAACACUCAGGAUUAUUUUUAGGAUACAUUUUUUUUUUUUUCUCGUGUUUUUACCAAAUAUUAAGAAACGGAAGCCAAUUUUAACUCUACAGCCAGGCAGGUAUGAGAGACUUUACCGGUGGUAUUCAGGUUUCAUAAACAAGAACAGUAUUCACGGA